CGCCUAUAUAAAAUAAUAACCACAGCUAAUAUACGCUAUUAAUUUAAUGAUUACUAAGUAUUAAAAAGUUUAUUGAACUUCAUUAACCAUUAUACUGCACAAUAUUGAUUUUUCAUAAGCUCUUAACAUUCGGAAACAAUGAAUUCUUCUAAAAACGAUUCGUCAAACAGUGACUCAAGUGAUGAAGAUUAUUGCCCAGAAACUGUUAAAGAAGAAUUAUCGGAAGAAUCAUCCGAUGACGCUUGCGAGGAUGAUUCAGGAGACGAGCAAAAAGGACAAAAACGAAGUAAAAAGUGUAAAACAAAAUACACAAAACGUAGAAAAACCGAAGAAUCACCAGAAGCUAAAAAUGUAGACAAAAGUGUAACUGAAACAGGUUUAAACGAAGAAGACAAGAAAAAGAAAGCAGACUCCUUGUGGGCAGAUUUUUUGAGUGGAACCGGAACAAAAUUAAAGCCUAAAAGUGACUCCAAUGGCAGUUUGAAACAGGAGAAUAAAGUUCCAAAUAAAGUGGAAAAACCAAAACCUGCAAAAGAAGUUGUAACAGUCAAACAGAUCUUUGAUUUUGCUGGCGAAAAGGUUGAAGUAACCAAAGAAGUCCCAGCAGAUUCAGUGGAAGCCCGUCUCGCCGGCACAAAUGACUCAACGACAAAAGAAACACCUGACAAAAAGCCUGCGGCCAAACCUGCACCUAAAAAAAGCGGUAUGCAAUCUAUUUUAAGUCAAAUAAAUAAAAAUAAAAUCAGCACCCUGGAGAAGUCAAAACUAGAUUGGGAUGGUUUUAAGAAAAAGCAAGGGAUUGAGGAAGAAAUACAGAAUCACAACAAAGGCAAAAAUGGGUAUUUGGAAAGACAAGACUUUUUGCAGCGUGCAGACUUACGACAGUUUGAAAUAGAAAAGGAAAUGAGAACUACAAGACGAAGUAACAGAUAAAUAUCAUGUAUGAAAUGUACUGAAAAUAUUGAUGUAAACAAUAAAUAUGAAUAACAAACAAAAAUUAAAUUUAA